AUGACAAAGUACUGCUUGUAUGUCCUCCUGUAUGGUCAGAUCUUAGAGCAGAAACUCCAUGACCUACUCUAUGCUCAUCUUGUUUUUCUCCUUAUGGAUCAUCAGGUGGGCUUUGAGUCAUUCAUGCUGGUUGAUGAUGGAACUACUGCUGUGGUGGAAGAUAUUCGUGUAGCUGCUGAGAUGAGAAAACGUGGAGUGGCUGGAGAGAUUGGGAGGUUUUGCUGGGGUGUUAUGUGUUCUGACCACCCGGAGGUUAAAAGAACUCGAUCCGCUGUAGCUGGGAAUCCACCAGCUAUUAUGGUGGAAACAUGCAAAAUGAUCACCUGUAAGGCUGUGAUACCUGUACUUGUUACUGCUGACCAGUUGGAAGCAAAACUCAGGUUACUGGAGUCUCGAGUGAAUAAUGAAGACAGAUCCAAAAAGCUAUCUGUUCUGGGACCAGAGGAAAUUCUUAGAUUCCUUGAGGAGUCAAAGACAAAAAAGCAAUUGCUUCCUGGUGGAUUGCUGAUUCAAAGUUGGUCUCCUAUUAACGCUCAGAAGUCCAACCUAGAUCUUCUACUGAAACGAGAGAUUGUCUGGAUUUAUUCACAUCCUGAGGAUUCUAGUGACUCUGCAUCUUCCUCCAAGGUCACACCUGGCAGUAAUGGCCCCCAAGCCUCUCCAGAAGGGUUUCUUAGCCUUGGUUCUCAACCAUAUCCAGUGCCUUUUGCAGACAGAUUAUGCUAUAUAGAUAUCGACCUGUUUGGAAACGAUCCAUCUUGUGCUAAGGUCCAUGUUCUAGAGCAGUUGAAAAUCGGAGUAAAAGGAUUGCCGGCAGGGAGUGGUAUAAUAUUUGUCCUAUAUGCAGAGAAGAGUCUCCAAACUGAGCUUGUCCAAUUGUGUGAAGGGUUGAAUAUAUACUAUUGUAUUAGGGAGCAGAUUAUUUUUGAAUGCCAGGUCUGAUUGAAUUCUACUUUCCAGUCUCGGCAAGCUCUUAUUUUGCAUUUCAGAAUCUGUCCAAAGACCCCAUUUCUAUGGCCUCUUUCACACGAGUGGGUUUUCCACGCGGGUGCGAUGCGAACACAUGGCACCCACACUGAAUCCUGACCCAUUCAUUUCAAUGGGUCUGUGUUCAGGAGCUUUUUUUUUGUUUUUUUACGCAUCAGUUUUGGCAUG